UGAUAUUGAUUUACCCUAAUAUAUACAAAAAAAAAUGUACAAAUUAUGUUUAUUAUUACUUCUUAAUAGUUUGUUGUUAUUAUCCAAUCUGUCAUAAAUAAUCGAUAUCGAUAAUCAUAACACACAUCGCCAUAAACCAUGUCGCUUAAUUUUUGUACAAUAUUUUUAAAUGCUAAAGAAGAAAAGAAAUUCAUAUAAUUGUACGUGUUUGUUGUAAAUAUCAAAUAGCGCCACAUACAUAUAUACAUACAUCUACAUAGAAAGCUUUAAGUGUAAUCGCGCUGAGUAAUGAACUCUGCGGUAUUUUUUUUUUGUCAACUCUGCAAGCAGAGUAUAGUUCCCAAACAUUUUUUAUGAUAAAGAAAAAAGCAAUGAACAAAAUUACAACAAAAUAGGCUGACAGCAGAACAUAAUUAUAUAGCAGUGAUUAACACUUUAUUUACAUUCGCUAAGAAGCUUGAACGUUUCAAGGAGGUAAGCAAUCACUCCAACAACGAGGCGGCAAUAUUAGCGCUAAGCUCGCUAACUUUGCGGUCAAAGCUAGUCAAGUAGUAUCUGUAAUCACUAGAAAUAGCAUCUAACUAUUUCAUCAUAUUGUAAGGUGUCCAUUCAUAGCGGAAUCGUUUGUAACUGCAAAACCGAUCAGGUAGCAAGAAUGGACGCCCUUGACACACUCACAUCGCCUAAAUAAAAACAAUCUUUUCUCUCUAUUAAAUGAUGUCGGGGUAUAAAUUGUUUUGGACCACCAUUAAACGCGGGAAACUUUUCUCUUAUCAAUUUUAUUUACUGUUUGUUUAUUUUGAGAUCAUUGCUUGCUUAUGGCACACUCAUUGAAGGCAGGGAUUACCUAGGCAUGCAAAAUUUAAGUGCGUUUAUCAGUAACAAAAUUCAACUAUAUAAAGGAAAUAAUUUUCUUUCGGAUCUAAUAUUGCUGUAUAUAUAUAUUGUAUAUAUAUUAUAUAGUUCGAAAACAAUAAGCACCUGGAGCGAACCGGGGGAAGUUUUUAUAAAAGUUUCAAUGAUUUAUGAUCAAAACAACACAAAUGUAAAUAGGUGUAUGUGCUUUUAGACGACAAACAUAAGGCCUGCGCAAAAACAAAACAAACAAAAAAAACAUGUAAACUGCUCAAAAUUUGAAGUGAUAACCCCGGCAGCAAAGUGGAUGUACAUGUAGUAGAAGGAGAUAAGAAACGCGGCAUUAGUUUGAAAACACGCAGAUUAGACAUAUAAAAUAUCAUCAAAUCGUGCAAAUUUUGAGUUUUAGUGAUAGUACAAUUUUACACAAGUCAGAGCGAAGAGCACGCAAGACAAGCUAAAGGAUAUAGAUAAUUAUUAUUAUAUUAUUUUUCUUAUAUUUAAGUACUUAAUUAGAAAUAUGGCUAGUGCAAUUGGAAAUCCUUUGAAGAAAAUCUUGCGACAACGCAUGAAGACAGAAGUCAUACCGGCGAUUAGCGCCGAGUCUAUAGUGGAGCAGUCGAAGGCAAUUUAUGAGAAGGUAAUCGCCUCCGAGGCAUUUCGUCAGGCAAAGGAUGUGAGCAUCUACCUCAGCACUGGCAGCGAAGUCGACACAUUGGCGCUGCUGCGUGAGCUCUUCAAUCAGCAGAAGAAUGUUUUUGUGCCCACCUACUAUGGCAGACUGAUGGAAAUGGUGCGCGUCAAAGACUGGAACGACUAUGAGUCAUUGCCGCUAACCAAAUGGCACAUUAAACAGCCAAGCAUUAAGGAUGGACGUGAGAGCGCCUUGACAAAUGGACGCGGCAUUGAUUUAUUCUUGAUGCCCGGUGUGGCGUUUACGCUAAGCGGCGAUCGUAUGGGUCAUGGCAUGGGUUAUUACGAUGGUUUCCUAAAGCGGCAUUUCGAUACUUAUCCUGAGAAGAGGCCGAUACUGAUGGCGCUGGCAUUCCGCGAACAAAUCGUUGAGGAGGGCACUUUGCCACUGGAGCCGCACGAUGUGCGACUUACGACUGUGGUGACAGCAUAAGUGGGUGGUGGUUAAUGACAUAGUUCUGCUCCAUGUUUUGUAUAUUGUAUAUACUUUUAAGUAUAUUUAAUUAUGUAUGUAUGUAUGUAUUUUUUUUUUUUUUUUUAAUAAAAAAAGAGUAAUUCAACUUAAAUUAUUUGCCAACGCAUGUGCUUAAACUCUAACGGAGGUAGGGACGAGGACGUCCGCCACGGCCGCGUGAGCGCCCACUGAAGUGCGCACUGUUCGAGUAAUGUGUAUCGCCAAAGUGCGGUUCGGUGGUGGCGCUGCGAUAAUGUGGUGAGCCGCCUUCGGCCCAGGUUGACGGCGAUGCGGUGCGCAUCACCUUGGAUUUGCUGUAAAGUGAACUAAUAUUUAAAUGGUUUUCGUUUUUUCAAGUCGCUUAUAGUUUUACUCACCGAAACGCUGCUGCCGUCGAUAUGCGUGUGCCGCGAUUGCGGCCGACGCGUGAGCCGCGCAUCAUAGGCGGUAUUUUGUUGUAGCCCGUCGGGCCGGUAGGUUGCGCGCCGCAAGUCUCCAAUGCCAGGAAAUCGUCGACAUGCAAAGAAGGCGGACGCGAUGUGUUAGGCGGACGCGAGCGGAAGAGAUCGCCGCGUGAGGGUGGCGCGCGUGCGAAACCACGUCCGCGUACUGGCGUUAUGUAAAUUUUCUUCUCCGGUCGGCCUGUGCUCGGCUCCACUUCGACACGACGCGUACGGAAGCAGGGUGCGGUGGGUGUGCGCUCACGAUUCGAUUGCGGCGAUGCGGACAAGUGCAACACGCGCUUACAAUCGGUUGUGAGAUUUGUUUCGGACGCUAAAUACUCUGCAGCCAAUUCGGUGAGAUCGCAAGCGACGCGCUCAUAUUUACCAUCAUCCCAAUCUAUACAAUCCACCUGCAACCAAUAACGCGCUAACAGUUGUGGCUCAUCUGC